AUGGCGGCCAGCCGCCAGAUCCGGCUGCUUCUUUGGAAAGAUUAUCUUAUGAGGAAGAGAAAUCCGAUAACUUUGGCGGGAAUUGUCUGGGGAACUUUGGUGAUGAUUAGUUUAUACAUCGUUAGAAUUAAUGUCGACAAUCAAGAUUUUCCCACCUGCCAGUUUCCAGCCAGAGCACUGCCGAGCGCUGGCAUACUAACGUUCCUCCAGUCUUUCAUAUGUAGCGUCAACAAUGAAUGCUUACCAAUGGACCAGUUCGAGGAAAUACCCUCGUAUGCCAAUUCCAAGUUGACGGAACUGAGGCGGCAUUUCUCACCUCUGUUCUCCAAUUCGUCCUUCCUGGACACAGCCGCAAUGGCUCCGGACGCCAUGAAAUUGCUCGCAACACUAUCCGAUGUCGCUGAUGUACCAGAAUUCAUGCAUAUAGCGAAAAACGGCCUCCGUGUUAAGGAACUGUUCAGAAAUCCCAACAAAGCAAAGCGGUAUUUAUCACAGCGAAUGGAACUUGGUGAACCAAUUGCCAACAGCUUGAUGACUUCAGACCUAAGUUUGGAAGGUAUAAUGCAGGGAACCUUCAAUAUAUGCGAUCCGGAAUCUAUUAGUAAGACUAUUAAAAUGAACAACGUCACACAUUUAGAUGCGUUUGUGCGUAAACUGUGUUCAUUGUCCUCUAAAGAAACGCAAAGGGUAUCCAUGGACUUACUGCUAGAGUGUGAUCUGGGAAAAUAUCUUCAAAUGUUAGGUAACAUGUACUACAAAUUGUCGAAGGAUGACCGAUUAACGGAGCUGGGAAAGAUGGUAGCAGCAGUACUGAAUAUGAUGUCACUUCAAAGUUUCCUUCCAGUAGAAAUAACAGCAAUAUUUCAAGGAGAAACGCCAGACUUCAGUUACAUUGACUUAGACGUUGUAUCCAACGUUCUGGACUACUUUGAGCCAAACUUAGGUGACACGGAAUCUUACAAAUCGAUGAGGAAUUUCGCAGAAUCCUCCGUAGUGGUAAUCAAAUAUCUGAAUAAGUUCCUAGAAAAACAACGAAAAUACUCCGGUGUUACUGAUUCGCUGAAUGAAGUUAGUAAACAUGUUAAUAUAAAAUCGGCAGUUGAGAGCGUUUCCAACAUUUUUUCUAAUGCGAUGGAGGUUUUUGAUGAUUUUGCUGGAAAUGGUACGACCAUUGAUAUAUUUAACAUAAUGUCCCAACUUAUGAAUUUCGUGCACAAGUGGCUGCCAGAUAAAACUAAACAUGACGUUCUAUUUUACGCAACGUUGGUAACGAAACUGAUUGAAGGCACGGACAAAGUAAUUUUUAUAAAUGUGUACCUAGAAGAAUUAGUUUACAACGUUUCAAUGAGACAUCCGCUAGGAGUGAAGACAUUACUGGAUCUACCACCGGGCGUGUUUGGAAAUGGUUUGGAUGCUCUAACUGACGCCGAAAGGACUCAGAUGCUCACGUCAAAUUUAAACUCUCCUGGUGAGAUGUUCUGUGACAACAAUAAAUUAAAAAACUUUUUUAACGUAAAAAAUGAAGAAGCCGUAACUCUACACGAUCUGCUUUGUACGGCUUCUUGGAAGGAUUAUAUUAUAGAUUUGAUCAGUACUUUUGGAAUCUAUGAAGUGAAGAAUAAUAUCAACACAAUGGCUUCACUGUUCAUACAAGAAACUCUAGGGAAGGACACAACUUCUAGACUUUAUACAUUAGAACAUGAUUUCCAAGUACUAAAGAAUUUCACACGAGCGCUGGAUAAAAUAGAUAGCCAAAUACCAACCGUGGUCAAUUGGAGCAACAUAUUUGACGUCGAUAAAAAUUUGGAGUUUAUGAAAAUAAUUCGUGAUAAAAGAAAUUUGGGAAAUCAAAUUUUGGUAACGGUUCACGGAGCAUUAGCUAAGGAGGUGGUUAAACAGAAUCCCAUUUUGGAGUUCAAGAUUGCGCCCUUCAUAAUCGAUGCAACAACGGUAAUAGCAGCGCUCAACGAUGAGAUAGAUGAAACGCCUCAAGAUGUAGCGGAUGCGACGAAAAAGCUUUACCCGCAGAUACUGCGUACCAUUUUGACUACUGCACUUGACGAAACAAAGACAUACAAGCUGUUAUCUACCUACAGUUUGGAUACAAUGUGCACAGGCGUCGAUAACGCUUCCUUGUACUUGAGUUUUCCCACAAACACCGAUAAAAUUGGAGUCACUACAGCCAUAUGUGACAUAAGUAAAAUCUUCGAAAAAAUGUUGAAAAAAAAUUCGCAUCUCGGAAAAGCGGUGGGACUAAUUAUGUCUUCAAAAGACAACGAAUUGUUCGGCAUCCAAUGGACCAAGCUAAUAACGGACCUCAAGACUUUGUAUGUGAAAAUGACUCUGUUCUACCCAUAUUUACUCGAGUACCGAAGCUAUGGAAUGGCUGACAACACUCGUUCUGAAGUCGCCACACUGUUCAAGAAAGUCAAAGCGUAUUGGUUCAAAACAAAACAUUUGGACAGAAGCAUUCGCUUAGGAAUUAAACUGACACUGGAAAUCCUGGACUUAAUGGAUCGAGAAAUUUUUGAUAUGAAAAGUGAGAUCUGGUCGCAGUUGAAAUACAUUUUCAGCGUUGUAUCCGGCCCCUUGUCAGUUAUAGAUGAUUUAGUUAAGCUAAUUGGAGCAAUUUGGAAAAAUGAAAGUUUUAUAUCUACCUUACCUGCGGCUACAGUAAUAAGCUUAAGUAAAAUCAUACCUAAUGCUGCACAGUUCAUCUAUGAGGGGACAGACAUAAUUGUAGAAGGCCAUAUCAAAGUGGAGCCAAUCAUAGAAAUCAUGAACGCCAAUAUAUCUUGGCCAUGUUCGAGUACCAGCCUCGCUGACUUGUUACCCUUGAGUGACACCUCGAAAGAGACCUUGAGAGCUUUGGAAACCAUGUUGUGCAUGCCACAAGAUGUACAAAAGGAUUGGAUAUCGUAUUUAAAAUCGAGAAACACACAUAAACUUGAACACCAAACUAGAAACAGUACAGAUUUUGGACCUCAUGUUUUUCUCCGAUUCUCGGCAGCAUUCGACGCUUUGAUAGACGAUUCAUACAUACUCAAAGACAUCUUGAUGGACGCUCUGGAUGAAACGCCUGGUCGUUUGACUUUGAUGACGGCAUGGAAGCACGCCGUUGAAUCAUUUAACACCACCAACAGAGACAACAUUCUAAGGAAGUUAUUCUUCAAAGUAGAUAAAGUACUCAACUCAAUCGAAGUUAAAGUCAAAGGUGGCGUACCGCUGAACACCGUAUGGCGGAAUUUUGUAAGGUGCAGUAGCGAAGAGCUUCUAGAAGACGGCUGCAGAGAGAUCGGGCGCGCGACGUGGCUAAACAUUCUCAAGUUCCUCUCGGUCACCAUGAGCAACGUCGCGGGGGAUCUUUUGAAUUACUUUCGCGAGAUCAACGAACCCGAUUCUAAUAUCCUUCAACUUGCGGGCUUUACAAAGAAGACUGGCCUAUAUUUACUGUACGAAAGGUUACCAGAUUUUCUCGGCGUACUGGCUAAUUCAUACGGAGACUACGGCUUCAUGACACAGAUUCGUCGGGCAGGUCUCAGCAACUUUUGGGAUUGUGAAGCAGUUGUUCAGAAUCUUAAACCGGCACCAGGUAGUCUAAUUGAUGACACUAUCAUUAGAAGAGUCCAACCCUUCGUAUGUCCAUCUCUUUUAUAUUGGAUAUCUCUCCCACGAGGGGAUAACGCUAUACUGGACGUAGUUGCUAAACCACAAUAUUAUUUCUUUACAUCGCUGCUCGAUGAUUUAAACAGCACCUUUGUAGAUGCCUACAUGAAUACAAAUGACCUUAAAAACUUUAUAACUGAAUUAUCAUACAAUACAACUAUCACACAAGAAACCAUUAACAUUGAAAAACUCCGAGAGAAACUAACAAAAUCUCUCGACAAAUUGCUGAGCCAUAAAAUUAACGGUUCGAAUCCAACAUACAAUAUGUUUAAUGAAGGAAACAAGAAACUGGUGCAGUCGCAGAUUUGUGCAAUGAAAUACAAUUUAAUUCUGUCCAAAUACGGUAGCAAUGUAGAUAAUGAUUUUGAGAACGCCAAGACUAGUCUGACCAAUCUUGUGAACGUAUUGCGAAACGAUGACAAAGAGAUCGUCAGUAAUAUAAGUGAAUUUCUAAAAUCUAGAAAAGGAGUUGUAAACUUCUUCAAGGCCUCAAUCGAAUACGCCUUUGACCUCGGUGUGCCAGUAUAUCUGAAGUAUCUUCAGAACAAUAUUCAGCAUAAUAACGUGAUCUUGACUUUCCUGUCCGGUGGCAACUGGUGGCAGAAAAUGAGGGAACUCUAUAAUGGUACACAUGCGACGAAUUUCUUCAACAACAUAGAAAAAACUUUUGACAUCGCCGAAGACGUCUUGAACAAUCUUGAUAAAAUACACUGGUUUCGUCUCAUACGCGAAAUCAACUCAAACGGCAAAGAAGUCUUCUGCAAGUCAACCGUGGCGCUUUCUGAGUAUGUACCCGACAACACUGGGGCUCUGGCGAGCUUGAAACAACAGUUCUGCUUGCAAGACACCGCCCAGCUGUUCAUGGAGCUGAUGCCGCUACGAUUCGCAUCACAAGUAUAUGACAACAAGUUGAAGAUAACAACGGACGUCGACUACGACGCGUUAAAUUCUGACAUAUCUGACGCAGAGUCCAACAUCAAGAAAAUAUUUAAUGGACCGAAAUCACCCCAAACGCCCAAGUGGGUGACGGACGAAAAACUAGAGAAAUUCCGUACAUCAGUGAUAGGACUGUUGUCUAAGGAAACGCUGAUUAAGGCUUCUUUUGGCACCUUGGGCAAUAUUGUUGAUGCUGGAACACUCUUGUUGAAUAACAGCCAAUGCACACUUUGCUCGCAAUUCACGACGUGGAUGAAGCAGCUGAACUUGCAGCUUUACAAGAAACAGGAAUAUGACAACCUCCUGUGCCAAAUGCAUGAAAUGAGCCUGCACGAUAUUUACGUAACUCUAAAGCAUGAUUUCCAUUGGGAUAUGGCUAUCAAAGAAUUAAUAUCAACUCGCAACUACACGAAGUUCGAAUUGAACAAGGCCAUGAGCGAGUUCCUAGAGCAAGUAAAACAGCAUCUGCUCGAGGACGUAACUGCGCCAACGACCAAGACAUCGCAAUGCUUGACCCAGAACGUCACAAGGAACGCGUUCGGCAAUGCCACAUUAUUCGCUAAUGUGCUUGCUCAUACGUUGAGGCUCAUAAGGGCAGAGUUACCUCAUGUGCAAGAAAUUGAAGGCGUCAAAGAAAUAAAAUACUUGAAAGAGCUACAGGGCGCCGUAGCUCACAAACUAGACGUAAAAGUGCCAUUGAAGAAGUAUUUGAAUGAGGCAUAUGACUUUUCAAAGAAAUUGAAACUUUAUGUUAAUAAUGAUAAUUUAGUCAAAGAAGUUGAGAACAGCGCAGUUAAUUUACGCACCAUACAGAACUUAGAACCACAGAGCUUGAUAUUUGAGAAAAGUGACUAUACUUGGGAGGAUCUUUGCGAAUGUUGCGAUUGCAACAAAGUUGUCACGGAUAUUGUCGAAAACCUAAAUACUACAUUAGUAUUUACUGACCUGCAAGUACUCCAAGAUGAGGAAUUCUGGCGUUUCAAUUUUGUCUCAAAUAUUUUAGAACGCGUCGAAGACAUUAUAGGCCACGCUUCUCGUUUGAUAGGUGUAGUCAGUAAAGUAGACUUGGUUGGUGUAAUGGAGGGUCGUCUGGUAUCCAUAAUAGAUACGGCUGUGCAGUUACUCACCGAUGAAGUACUCAAUAGUAUCAUAUACAGCAUCCGUGGCUUAAUGGUAGAACUUAACCCCUUAAUUAAGAGUGAUAAAUUGCGAGACAGCCUUUUUGAUAUCAGCGAAGGACUUGAGGUUUUACAGGAAUCGAAAAACUCAUUAUUGGAAGAAGAUAUCAAAGUGCAAGUUGGCGACUUAUUUUCUGACCCUGACAAGUUGGAGGCAGACCUAAGCAAUCUUGGAAUUAACAACACCAAUUUCUGGUCCAUCGCAGCCCCACGGAUCCAAGUUGGAUAUUUUCAAUUCAAACCGAUGUUCUCAACAAAACAAGACGCGUUCCGGAUCAGCAACUUCGUGUGCGAGAUGGAGGAUAUGGCCAAGGUCAUAGUGCCAGGUAACGUGGACGUAGUCACGCUGGACGAUAUCUACGGAGCGGUUAUAGAGCAGUUCUGCGAUUUAGACGAGGAAACGGCAAAGCAAAUUUUGGCUACGUUAGUGAAAAACAUCGAUUUCACGUUCGUAAUAAACAAGGUGAAAGAUUGGCUGUUAAGCGAACUCUACUCCACGUCCGAACUAACACCAUCAGAAGGCGAACGAAUUAUGAAUAGUUUCUCAAGGAUCACAUCCCUAAUCCCUGUGAUGCAAAAUAACAUCGGCAGCGUCAGCGACCUGAUGGCUGAUGAACCUUUGUUGGAAUAUCUCAAGGGCGAUUUCUCGUUUGGCAGUCUCUUUGGAGGCGGAGGUUUCAUGGCGGACGCAGGGAGAAUGGUAUGCGGUAAACCGUUCAACACACACGUAAACCGACUCUUCAAAUCGAUCAUAGAAACUCAAGACUUGUCCGGCGACGCUGACUCCGAGCAACUGGAAGUUCUUCCAACUGACUUCUGCCGUUCACUGUACAAACAGAUUGUCAGUGUGAACGGUGGGAAGAUCGUCUGGAGCUUUGUGAAGCCACUUGUAAUGGGAAAGAUACUCUAUACGCCAACGACGCCAGUGGUGGAAAGGAUUAUACAAAGGGCCAACGAAUCUUUCGCUCCAAUGGUAAAAACGGUGAAUCUGGUGCAUUCCUUCGCGGGUGCCUUCUCCUCGGUGGAGAAGUUGGUAGCUCACCGCAAAGGGCUGGAAGCUCUGAAGGAACUUCUCACUGCUCCCGGCACCAAGCAACUUAGAACGAGCGUGAUUGGCGAAACUGAGAUACCUGACUUUGAUAUAGAGGAUAUGUUCGACAAGCUGGGUGAUGUACAGGAUUUAGGUGGACUACUUCAAAAGGGAUCGGACAUAUUGGAGUGCGUGAAUCUGAACCGGUUCAUGCCGGUUUCUGACGAACAACAGCUCAGUAAGGAUGCUCUCAAGCUAAUGAGGGUGAACGAGUUCUCAGCGGGUUUAGUUUUCCUGAACAAUGAAACGAGUCCGGAAAUGCCAUUGAACGUGCAAUACAAAAUAAGAAUGGACAUUGAAAAUACCCCGACAACAAAUAGACUAAGAAAUUAUUUAUGGAUACCUGGGCCCGAAUCCAACUUCAUAGAGAACAUGCGCUACUUCCGAGGCUUCAUCCAAAUCCAGGACAUAAUCGAUAAGGCUAUCAUCGACAUCUCUGCCAGCGGCAAAAGAUUGCAAAAAAGGGGCCUUGGAGAUGACCAAAGCCUGAACUGGGCGAUGUAUACGCAACAAACGCCCUAUCCAUGUUACAGGAAGGACUUUUUCCAGACAUCGUUGUACGAGUCGCAGUCUCUCAUCGUGACGUUCUUCUUCGCGCUGCUGUUCACCACUUCAUCAGUUGUGAGGUUCAUUGUUUCCGACAAGGAGACUGGAAAUACUAUGUUGAUGUCAGUGAUGGGCGUAAACCUUGCUUACCACACGCUGUCGUGGUUCCUCUCUUCGCUGGUAGAGAUGCUCAUAACAUCCACCUUCAUCGCCACGGUGCUGUCCGCUGGUGGUGUGCUUCCACGUACCGCUCCCUCCAUGAUUUUUAUGCUGCUCUUCAUCUACAGCUUCGCUGUUCUCUCCUUUUGCUAUAUGAUGUCAAAGCUUUUCAAGACAGCAAGCUUUGCAGCGGUAUGCUCCGGAAUGGCUUACCUGAUCAGCUUUAUGCCGUUCGUGCUCAUCCUAUCUUUGGAGGCAGUACUCACCAGCUCCCUAAAAAUGCUAGUCUGUUUGUCAAUGUCUUCGUCCCUUUGUUAUGCGUUUCUGUACAUCACGCGAUACGAAGCUACGGGGCUAGGUGCCCAGUGGGUCCAUUUGUGGGAGUCACCUGAUGGCGUUGAUAAUAUGAGCAUAGGAAUAGCUGCGAUACUCGUCUUUGUUGAUGGCGUUAUCUACAUUUUAAUUGGUCUUCUUCUUGAUAGAUUUUACGGCUUUAAGGCGGAACAGAACAAUGUGGCGAACUGCAAAGAUUCGGGUGAAAAGGCGGGCGUGAGCAUCAUUAACAUUAGCAAAGUUUACGGAAGCGGAACCCGCUCCAAGCUUGCCCUUGACAAUGUCUCCAUAGAAUUACACACCGGUCAAAUAACGUCGCUGCUGGGUCACAAUGGCGCCGGCAAGACUACGCUCAUCAAAAUCCUGACCGGCAUGCUGAGGCCGACCAAAGGCCACGUGGUGGUCCGCUCGGAGAGUUCCGGCACGAUGAUCGGCGUUUGCCCGCAAAAGGACGUGCUGCUUCUACAGCUGACGGCGAGAGAGCACGUGGCGCUAUACGCACAGCUAAAGAGCGGACGAAGUCUUGACGAGCUACACGGCGAAGUGGAAAGUAUACUGCGAGUGCUCUCUUUGGGGCCGGUGGCGGAAGAGCCAGUAGCGCGUCUCUCCGGAGGCACUAGACGGAGGCUCUGCGUGGCUCUCGCCUUCGUCGCGGAACCCGGUCUUGUGGUCUUGGACGAGCCCACUGCCGGCGUAGAUCCAGCCGCGAGAAGGGAUAUUUGGUCGAUGAUAUUGAAACUACGAGAGAACAGAACGAUUCUGCUAACCACGCAUCACCUCGACGAAGCCGAGCUUCUUAGUGACCAAAUUGUUAUCAUGCACAAGGGUCAAGUCCACACGACCGGUUCACCAAUAGAGAUCAAACGUGGUCUCGGGAGCGGAUACAAACUGACAGUUAUGUACCCGGAGGGAAAGCGAAAACUGGAGGGGCUACAGGAGUUCAUAGACGACGAUCUGUGCAUGGAGGAGAGAACGAAACUGCUACUUGCGACGGUUAGGAAUGUCAUCAAGAACGCAAACUUAGUCGAUGUCAACGGCCUCGAGGUCGAGCUUAACCUACCGUUCUUCGAUGCAGAUGGAGUCAGUAAUGAUUAUCUCCAGCUGUGCACAAUGCUGGAGUCGAGCCAAUCGGUCCUCGGCUUCCAAAGCUUCAACAUGGACUGCAGCAGCCUGGAGCAGGUGUUCUUCACCAUCUGCCAUCAGGCGGACUCGCCACAGCAAGUUGUUGAAUUGGUUUCAGACGUGCCAUCGAAAAGCGCUUCUACGUCCAGCUUGCGCAACGACCGCGCCCCGCUAGUCCCAGCGGAGGGCCCACUCGUGGGUUCCGCGUGGGACCAGUUUCUCGCGCUACUCUACGCACGCUACCUUCACUAUACGAGAAACAAAUCACUGCUAUUCAUGCUGCUAAUACUGCCGUCACUGUUCGUAAUAAUAGCGAUGGCUUUCUCCAAUAUCCGCCCGCCUGCGAAUAACGAGAUCGCUCUGCAGCUGCAUCGGGACUUGUAUCGGAACACCACGGAAUUUCUAAUAAAAACUCCAUCUAUAGAAAGUGAUGGGAUCAGUCCAGUGUUUGCUGAAGAAGUCAUGGCUGUCCUGAAACAGGAGAAGCAAGCUCGAAAUUGGACGCUAAAGGACAAUCCAGUUUGUGAAUGCUUGGACACAAAGCAACAGUGUGACCUCAGCGACGUGGACACGACAAAUCUCCCCGAGAUGAUGCUAUUUUCCGACGUGAAAACAUUGAACGACUGGCUUAUAGCGUCGCAAGAAGUUUACAUUGAGAAAAGAUAUGGUGGCUACUCGGCAAACACUAAGAGCAACAUGUCGAACCUGGUGGUAUGGUACAAUAACAAGGGCCACCACGCGAUGCCGGCGUACCUCAACGCGCUCAACAACGCCGUACUGAAGGUGGUCACAGGUCGCCACAACGCCAAUAUCACUACGUACACGCACCCACUGAAGAUAUCCAACGAACCUAUUAACAAGGACACCGUGUAUCAGCACAUCGCCGAUGCUGGUAUCACAGCUAUGCUGCUGAUAGCGUACAGCUUGGUGAGCGCUGGAGGCGCUAUCUACCUGGUGACGGCGCGCUGCAGCCAGGAGAAGCGAUUGCAACUCCUGGCUGGUGUCACACCUGCGCUAUACUGGACCACUGCCCUUGUCUGGGAUAUGAUUAUUAUCCUGAUAAACAUCUUCAUCACGGCGAUGGUACUCCAGGCGUUCCACUUUCCCGUAUUCGUGACGAAAAGCAAUCUGUCUGCAAUUUGCUUGCUUAUACUUUUGUAUGGUUACGGCUGCGCCGGAGUGGUGCACGUUACCGAGAAGCUUUUCUCCCAGCCCAGCCUCGCCAAUAUGAUCCUUUUCUGCGCCAACACUUUCGUCGGAGUUGUCGGCAUCACACUCCUCCUCAUCCUCGACGUCAUAUCUGAAUCUGACGCGACUGACAACGCACGUUGGAUCUUGCACAAGGUCUUCCUCCUCUGCCCUCAAUUCGCUCUUGGGGACGGAGUUCUGGAGGUCGCCAAAAACACUAUCCGGGCACAGGUGCUUAGCCAAUUCGGUAUGGACACGUACCGGGAUCCCUUGUUCAGUGACCUGAUAGUGCUCCACUACUCCUCGCUGGUGCUGGUCGGCACUGUGCUGUUCUUGAUGAACCUCGCCAUCGAGUAUGACUGCUUCGAGGCCCUGUUCGUGAAGUUCCGUUCGGAGACAAUCGAGCCGUUGCCGGGAAGCGAUUUGGAUCCGGAAGUUUUGGAGGAGAGACGUCGUGUAUUAGCUUCACGCACUCCAUUACGUCUACAUACCAUUGGCAACAUCAAUGCAGGUUAUUUGGAGACAGAAGAGAAGAACUCAAUCAAGAGUGGGACGUGGCUAGAGAGCGACGUGGCGCAAUGCGAGCGACUGGGCAAGGCGUACCCAGCGCUGGGCGGCCGCAGGGUGGCAGUGCGCGACCUCACGCUGGGCAUCCCACCAGGACAGUGCACUGCCCUGCUGGGUCAGAACGGUGCCGGCAAAUCGACCGCCUUCUCGAUGCUGACGGGCGAAAUCAGACCAACGUCUGGCAGCAUCUAUCUGAACGACAGGCGCGUAGACCCACGUGACCUCUGUCAAGGGCUCAUUAGCUACUGCCCACAAAGCGACGCCAUCGACCCUCUACUCACAGUACGAGAGACCCUAAAGUUCUACUGCAAACUGCGAAGUAUAACUGAUGAAAAAGAGGUCAUACGGAGGACUAUCGAUAUGUUCGACCUCGCGAAGUACGCGGACGUCCGCAGCGGGACUUUGAGUGGUGGCAACAAGAGGAAACUGUGCACGGCCAUCGCCUUCAUGGGCAGAACGCCGUUGGUGCUUCUGGACGAACCGACUAGCGGCAUGGACCCCGCGUCGCGUGCGUGCGUGUCGCGCGGCGUGCGCCUGGCGUGCGCCAGCGGGCGCGGCGUGUUGCUCUCCACGCACGCGUUGGAGGACGCGCGGAGACUGGCGGCGCGGGUUGCUCUGCUGCAGGCGGCGGCGUUGCGCGCCCUAGCACCGUUGGACCGCUGCUUGCGGAGGUUCGGCGGCGGGCAGGCGGUGUGGUGCCGUGUGCGUGGGGGCGGCAGCGUGCGCGCUGUGUGGCGAAGGGUACGCGCCGCCGCGCCGCAAGCCCAGCUGCAGGUCCUGCACAGCUCCGCCCUGCACUUUUUGCUGCCGACGCACGCAAACGUGGACGGCAAGGAAAUUACCACGAAACUGAGCGACGUGUUCCGCCUUACCGCUGAACUGUUCACCUCCGGCGACAUCGAGGAUUUCACCGUCAACCAAAGCUCGCUGGAUCAGAUGUUCCUGAACUUCGCUGGAUCGAGCCGGUCUCGGGGCACCGAACUUGAGGUCUUGGGUACGCCACCCGCCUCUCCAUACCACAGUUGCGAAGACCUCAGCGCUGUCACCGCUCUA